AUUUGUGAACCAAAUGAACUGACUCACUGGAAAGAGUCGGAACAACGACCGCUGGUUUUCAGGUUUCUAUUUCGUCACGUGCCUUUUGUUUUGCUCGGGAAAUAGGCGUCACUGUGCUACAGCCUGCCAGGGAACGUCACUGUGAACACAGGACCAGGAAUGUUUGAGUCAUGCUGGGUCAGCUGAGGAUAAACCUGCAAUGUGAUAAUGCACUAAUUUGCAUCCCUGACUAAAAUCCGACUCAUUAUGAUAUGGCUAUUUCCAUUUCAAUAACUAUUGGACAUCUUAUUAGAGACCUGGUACACAGGUCGUGGUUUCUAAUCCUUCUGUUCUUGAAGGUUGUACAAUUAUUCAUACAAUUGUAAGUAGUACCAUCCAUAGGCGCACGUUAAUAUGUCGGUUCACAGAAAAACAAACAAGACACAAUCCCGGUUGUACAAACGCGGAACUCCUCAUCUCGACUAGAAGUUUCACACGGAAUUUCCUUCCGGCGAACCUCUAGGUCUGCUGUUCCUAUAGGAACGAAACUGACGGAGUGCACACAAAGCUGUUGUAGAAUAAAUGAUGACUUGUGGAAAAUAAACACACAGUUUGAGUUCACCCAGAAAGAAAGUGCUAAAGGCUCAAAGUGCACAGAAUGCCGUUGGAUGUUCAGUACAUCAACAGAGAGACCGAAGUACUCUAAAAGCCUAUAAAUGUCAUUUCAUGAUCAUUUGUGUGUGAGUGGUUGUUUUCUUUUUUGGUUACAUGUAACCAAUUUAUCAAAAUUCACAAUUUAGAAUUCUAAUUAGACAUAUUUGUUUUUUUUGUUUUUUUUAAAUCUGUUCAUCUGCUGUUGCAUGAUUUAAAAACCUAAUCAGAUUUGCUUUGCCUUCAAUGUAAAAGCACUUAAGCAAAGUAAUGAAUUAUUGGCACGUUGCUGUCCUCAUGAGGGAAAACAUGGCUACUAGAAGCUGUAUGAUACAAGAAAUUGUCUGUGGAUAUGCCAUUGUUACAAAAAUCACAGAUAUGAUACCAUUAAAGUGAUUGCUUUUGAAUUAUUCAGUGCUUUUAAACCCAUGGUAUAUGAAUUAUUUGUUCCUUUAAUGCUUUGUCGAUUGCGUCAUUACUUCACAAUGCUCAUAUAUUUACAGAUUUCAGGUUUACACAUUGAGGGCAGUUUGAACCACGUCCUGAUGUUCAGCCUUUAAAAGCCAUGCAGGACAGUGAGGAUCUUGAGGCCCAGUUAGCUUCUAAGGAGAGGGAAUGGAAAGAGCUUCAGGCCUUGCGUAUUCAGCAGCUGGAGACUGCACUGUCUGAGGCCACCAGUGAGCUUUCCACCCAGGGAGAGCACUUCCUGCGUUUGCGGGAUGAUUUCCAGUACAAUCUGCGUGUGCUGGAGGAGCGGGACCGAGAGCUGGAGCGCUACGAUGCGAUGGCUGUCCGUGUCCAGACUGAAGACAGUGCCCGGCAGACAGAGCUCAGUGAGCUGAGGAUCCAGCUAGCCAAACUGCAGGAUGCCCUGGGAGAAGGAAAAAAGCAAUACGAAGAUUUGCAGGCUCAGUAUCAGAAGAGGGGAGUAGAGCACCGGAUACAGAUGGAGAGAGUGUACAGUCUGAAGGAGGGUGAGAUUCAGACACUCAGAGAAGAGAACGAGACACUGAGACGUGAUCUCCAACUGCGAAUCCAGGCAUCAGAUGGGGAGUUGGCACUACAAAAACAGGAAAUGUUAGCAGACUUCGACAGCGAGAUGCGAAAACGGGAACACGAGUUCACCCUGAGACUGGAUGAGAUGCGUAACGUUGUGCUGUCUCAUGAGCUCAAGGUGCAGCUUCUGAAUAAAGAGUUGGAUGUUCAUGCCAAAGGCCGUAACGAGGCUGUCGAGGCACUGCAGCUGUCUGAGCACCUCUGUCAACAAGCACAGAAAGAGAUCCUUCAAAGAGACUGGGAUCUCAGGAACACAUCUGCAGUCAAAGACUCAAAGAUACAAGAGCUUGAGGAAAAAAUGACCCAAAUGAAGGCUAAACAUAAAAAAGAAGAAGAAGUCAGCAACAGGAAGCAUGCAGAGUUGGAGCGCAGGGUCCGAGAGAGAGAAAUGGCUCUGGAGGCCAUGAAGGAGGCUCACGUCUCUGACCUGCAGGAGGAGAAAAAGAAAGCCACACAUGUCCAGAUGCAGCUGGACAGCCUGAUCCUGGAGCAGGAGAGGAGAGAUAAAAAACAUGCAGAUGAGAUGUCGCACAGAGAGCAGCAGAUCCAGGAGCUCUUUGCGCAGCUAGAGAAAACACAGGCCAGCUGGGAUGCUUACAUCACACAGGUCUCUAAAGAAACAGUUGCCAAGGACACGGAGCUGCUGUCUGCGUUGGACAGACAGGCCAAAAUCAGAGCAGAGCUGGAGAAAUGUAAAGAGGAUUCAGAGAGGUAUAAGCAGCAGUUGGCCAAUGCUGCUCAGAGGGAACAGGCUCUGGAGCAGAAGCGUGUGCAGUUGGAGCUGGACUGGGAGCGGCGCUGUGAGGAUGUACGUGCUGAACACUACCUCAGGAGUGAGGAGCUUAUCCACGGGCUGACCCAGUCCAGAGAAAAGGUAAAUGCUGAAUUGAUGGAGAAGGAGCAAGAGCUGCAGGAAACAGUGGCUUUGCUAAGGAGCGUGACCAUAGAGAGAGACCAGGCUCUGCGUGGACUUACCUCAAACACAGCUUCUCAGGUAAUUGGAGUGGAAAGCAGCAGUUUUCCUUCAGAGGAGAUCCGGCGGCUCCAGCAGCAGAACAGCAGCCUGCGGGAGGUGGUAACUGAGAUGAGGAGACAAAUGGAGACUCUCAGCACAGAAGUAGCCCUACCUCAGAAUCCAAUGACAACUCAGCACAGUGACCCUAUACCCUCCUCCACUGCAGGAAUUACAGAAUACAACCAGGCACUAGAAGAGGAACUAAAAAACCUGAAGGCUAAAUGUAGACGUCUUGAAGAUCAAUUAGAAGAAGCGUCUAAGACAACCAAUCGCAUUCCCACUUCUACAAGUGUGCUUCCUGUUUCCCCUGAUAAUGCCUACCUUCAAAACCACAUCAGAUCCCUUAAUGAAACUAUAGGUGGACUGCGAGCUGAAAAAGUAGCCAGCGCUGCUGCUUUGAAGAAACAGGAAGUGAGGCUGGCCCACUUGGAAUCAAUUGUGACUCAACUCACACAGCAGUGUCAAUCAAGACAAAUGGAGAACGAAGCACUACGAUUAGAACUGGCAAAUCAAAAAAGAGGAGCAGCAGCUGAAGAGGCAAGCUUGAAGCAGAGGUUGACUGCUGCAGAGAUGCAGCUAGAGGAGGUGAAAAGAGAGGCAGAAGAGUACCAAAAAGGCAGCAUUCUUCAUAAUCUGCAGACAGUUGCCCUGGGCAACCAGGUGUCUGCACUGAAACUGGACAUUGCAAGCAGGAGAGAGCCCAUCAUACUUACACAGAGCGAGAUGGUGAAGCAGCUUCAGGAGGAGAAUCUCAGCCUGAGACAGCAGCUGCUGUUACAGGGUACCGGCAGAGGACACGAUCUUGGCAGUCCCCGUCAGCUCCAAACCAAACUUAAGCAGGCAGCUCGUUUGAUAUCUCGCCUCAGCCAGGACAAACAGCAGCUCAUUGAGAUGGGCAACAGACUCAGGGCUCAGCUGAUAGAGUCAGGGUUGGAUGAUUUGCAGCAUUCUGAAACAAGGUCCAAACCUAGCCUUUGUGAGAAAGAAACCUCUAAAGAUGAAUCUGAUGCCCAGCCACAUGGUCGUUUAUCUGCCCUGGAACAACUUCAGUACAAGCUUACCAAUCAGGAACUGCAGUAUGCUCAGAGAGAUCAGAGUAAGAAAAAUCCCGUUACAAUUCGUCCCCUGUCUGGGAGUGGUGCCAGUGACACCAACCCAUGGGACCUGCCAACAAGAGUUAGAGUCCAGCAUGGAUUCAGUAAAGAGAACACUCCCCCUGUUCAUUCUCAGUCCAAGGGCCCAGUUCAUCAGGCCAACUCUCCUCAAACCCUGCUGUCCUCCGUGGGUACUGAUGAGUCUCUGCAGGAUGUGUGGAAGAUGCUGGAGCAUGGCUUGAGUCCCACAAUGCUCACUCCUAGUAACAGUGAGGACCAAGCCAGAGCCGAAGAGCACAGAAACACGCCACGUCCCGGAUUACCAGUUAGGGUUCAGGGCCUGAAAGCAGCGAUCCAGGAAAGAAAGAAACAAGCCAGAACUACAUCUGAACAUGGUAAAAAGGCCAGGCCUGCUGGUAAAGCAAUCAAUAUUCGAAAUUACAACAUUAAAGACUGAAACUAAGCAGGUACAAAAUGUGCCAUCUCAACAACAUUUUGAAAUUAAUAUUUAACAAACCCGAUUUUAAUGAUUUGCCAUCACAUGGACCAUGUUAAAUUACAACUUCAUAUAAAGCAGAUAUCACAUACAUGUUGAAAUGUGAAAUCAGUAGCCUCUCCUUAACUCUAAAUGAGGGUUACACAUAUGCACAUACUGUAAAUGGUACUUAAGAUCACCAUUAUUAUAUAAAUACUGCACUGGGGAAACCAUGGAAAUUGAACAAGAACAUCUGUAAGUUUUCAGAUAAGAUUGUUUUGGCUAAGCAAUGUGAAGUCAUUGAAAAUGAAAUAUUUUGGUAAUGAUAAAAUAUUUUUAUACUCAAUAACUGUGUCCUGUCAUUGUAUUUUAU